CAAACGCUGUGUGCGGAGAGCGCUGCCGCGAUGCCCAAAUACUAUGAGGAGAAGGAGGAGGACGGGCGGGCCUGUGCGGGGGUGCGGGAGGACCUGAGACAGUGUCUGCUCGAGACUUCCUGCGUCAUACAGGAAGGAAAAAGCGCCAGACAAUGCUUGAAGGAAGGACACUGCAGAAGUUUGCAAGUUUCUUUUUUUGAGUGCAAAAGAUCUAUGUUGGAUGCCAGAGCAAGAUUCAGAGGAAGGAAGGGAUACUGAAGCCUUUGUGAAGAGAGCCAAGCAUGGCGAAUUGUGGAUGUAUCAGUGCUUUAAGCAAAAUACAGAGACUAAAAUAAGAAGAGUACAUCUGCUGCAUCCUCCCAGUCAUGAAGUAUUCUCUUGGAAAAUACCUGCUUUCAAGAACUCUGAUAGAUUGAGGCUGACAUGCACCUAAAAUACGGAAAAGAAAACCAAUAUUAGGCUGGCAGUUUGGAGUGAUAUGAAAUGCACUAAUGCAUUUUAAAUAAGCAAUGCAAAAUCCAAAAUAAGCUGUAGCAAUCUUUAGCUGAGUCAAUUUGUUUUGAAACUGAGAUUUCCUUUCAGUUUUUAAGUUUGUAGUUUUAUUUAUCUAAAACCAUAAAACAUUGUCAGAGUGAAAUAUUAUAAAAUUGAAAUUGGUAGACCGCUUGAGUAAUGUUCUGCAGUAUCAUUCAGGAAACCUAAGAUAGGUCUCUUGUUUCCCAGGUUGGCAGGGCCGACAUACACUGAAAUGUACAGGUUAGCCUCUGGGGAAGAGAGUGGCUUAUAUUACUCAAUAGUGAGUUCCAGUUAAUUAGAGUGCAGUUGAUACCUGUCCAGUUCCCAAGAACUGUGACAUCAUCUCUUCAUCCCUUCGCAAAAUUCCUUUUUUAAUAUGAUGGUUGGUGUAAUUUCAUUCAUACAUUGUAGCCUUUCACUACUGAAGAGCUAAAUUAAAGUUGGAGUUACUCUUAAAAGUUAAAA